AUGACUGUCCCUCAAUGGAAAUCACUAGCAGAGACGAAGCGUCAGUCCAUCCUGGACGCCAUCCCCCCGAAAUGGAGGUUCCAAGACCCCGUUCCUGAACCGGCGGAGCUCCGCGACGUGACGGGUUCUUAUAUCCAGCAGUUCCUGACUCCCCGUGAGGUCGAUAUCACUGAGACUGACGCCGUUGGGAUCGCGGAGAAGACUACGUCCGGGCAGUGGUCUGCGGUGGAGGUGACGGAGGCGUUUUGUCAUCGGGCUGCGCUUGCCCAUCAACUGGUGCAUUGUUUGCAUGAAGUAUUCUUUGAAGCGGCCAUCGAAGACGCAAAGCGUUUAGAUGCCUACUACGCGGAACACAACAAGCCAGUUGGGCCUCUGCAUGGUCUGCCCGUGAGCCUGAAAGACCAGUUCCAUGUGAAAGGCGUUGAGACGACGAUGGGAUACGUGGGCUGGAUUGGCACGUUCCAGGGCAAGAAGGGCGACGCGCGGAGGGGCGUGUUUGAAAGUGAACUGGUCAGGGAGUUGAGAAGUCUAGGGGCUGUGCUGUUCUGUAAGACGAGUGUGCCUGUCACUUUGAUGGCGGGCGAAACGGUCAACAACAUUAUCGGGUACGCCACCAACCCCCAGAAUCGCCUUCUCUCCUGCGGGGGUAGCUCUGGCGGGGAGGGGGCGCUCAUCGCUUUGAGGGGGUCCCCGGGUGGAUUUGGGACUGAUAUUGGCGGGAGUAUCCGCAUUCCGGCGUCUUUCAAUGGCUUGUUUGGCGUGCGUCCGUCGUCUGGCAGGAUGCCGUACGAGGGAGCUGCCAACUCCAUGGACGGCCAGAAUAGCAUUCUAUCAGUGAUCGGGCCCCUGGCGGCCACGGCGCGUUCCCUGACGUUUCUUUUCAAAGCCGUGCUCAGUCAACAGCCGUGGUAUCAUGAUCCGCUUGUCUUGGAGGUGCCGUGGCGGGAUGACAUUGAACGGGAGACCCGUGCCCUGAUCCAAGCCUCCGCUGCUGGUGAAUCCAAGCUUUCUUUCGCCAUUCUACAUCACGACGGCAUUGUGCAUCCUCAGCCACCGGUGGCGAGGGCAUUGGGUCAGGUGGAACAGAGACUGAAACAGCUGGGACACAAGGUUAUCGCAUGGAACCCCCCUAGUCUCAAAGUUGGAUAUGGAUUGACUGGACGAAUCUUUGACCAGGACGGUGGCGCAGACAUUCAGCAUCACAUCCAACUUUCUGGGGAAAUCAACCCUCCUCAAACCAUUGUGGAUGCCGACGCAGCGCAUUUGAAAGCGCAGGAGCUCGCAGCAUUGAACGUAGAGAAACGGGAGUACCAGAAGCUCUAUAUGGAUUACUGGAACAGUACCGCCGAACUGACUGGUACCGGACGACCGGUCGAUGGGGUGAUCAGUCCGUGUGCGCCACACGCUGCGGUGCUACCCUUGAAAUACCGCCACGUUGGAUAUACCUCACUUUUCAACCUGUUGGAUUACACAAGCGUGGUAUUCCCGGUGACUCAUGCCGACCAGACGGUCGACGUGCCCCAUUCGGAUCUGCAGGUCCUGGGCGAGAUGGAUCAGACGAUCCAGGACGAGUAUGAUGCUGAAGCAUACCACCAUGCACCCGUGGGACUCCAGCUCGUCGGGCGACGCCUUCAAGAAGAAAAGAUGCUGACGUUGGCGGAGUACAUUGGGGAGGCUGUGAGAGGGUAG